UGAGAGGGAGCGCCUUGGAAGAGGUCCUCCUUGGCGCAGCAGUGCGCACGACGAGAGACCAAGAGUCUUGGUGGAGGGACGCCGGUCGGUCACAUGGACUUCCUUUAGUGCCCUUUGAUGGCUUGCAGUUUCCUGGCCCGCAGUCUGGAUCACACUUGACCAUAAAAGCCGCUUUAAGUCGUUUGCGGAGCCACUUUGAGGCGCCCAGAUGGGUUCGGAGAAGCCCAACUUCCUGUCCCAACCUGUGGUGAAGAACGUCUUCAUGUACCGCAACGGGGACCCGUACUACGAGGCUCGGAGGAUCGUCAUUAACCAGAAGAGAGUCUGCAAUUUCGAGACGCUGCUGAGAGAAGUGACGGGCGGCGUCAAGGCGCCUUUCGGAGCCGUGAGGAACAUCUACACUCCCCGGGGAGGACACAGGGUGGACUGCCUGGACGGCCUCCGGAGCGGGGAGCAGUACGUCGCCGCCGGGAGGGAGAGAUUUAAGAAGUUAGAUUAUUUACAGAUUGGUUCCAGAAAGAAGAGGAUGAUGCAAAAUCUUCCAUUUCAGGCCAAACCACUCCCACCCAGUCGGAUAUCUGUGUCAGCCAGAUUCCUGAAACCAAUUAAAGAGCCGUGUCCCAUCUUCGUGGUGGCCAACGGGGACACCCUGAACCCUGCGAUCAGGCUGCUGGUCCACCAGAGGAUGCUGAGCCAGUUUGAAAGAAUACUGGAGAUGAUCACAGAGAAGAUGGGUCUGAGAGUCCUCGGCGGUGUGAGAAGUCUUUUUACUUAUGACGGCCAGCCGGUGAGCGAUGGAACUCAGCUGGAGAGCGGUCAGCUGUACGUGGCCGUGGGCAGGGAGAGAUUUAAGAAGCUCUCCUACAGUGACCUCCUCUUCAGCAAACCUCGAGGGGCCCGGAGAGCCAAUGGAAUGAAGAUGUGCACCCUGCCACCGAUCUACAGAUUCCCAAAACAAAACGGAAACAGCAAGUCAGGGGGUCGUCACGGUGACAGCGGAGGGAGUGAAUGGAAGGCCUCGCCUCCGAGCCACAGUGGCAGCAACAAGGAGCACCUCUCCUCCAUCGUGAGAGAGAUCUCCCAAGCCAGACUCCUCUCCCUCAGGAAGAAGAGGAGCGGACAGAGCGUAACCUUGGGCCUCUGUGACAAUGAUGACCUUGAUUCAAAGACUGAGGAUGGAAACGCUGAUAGCCGAUCUCCUCAAGACCAGCCAGCUGAGGAGGAACCUACAUCAGAUGAUCCAAAAGCAUCAGUAGACAACGGCGAAAAGGCUGAAGAAAGGAAGGAAGCCUCUGAUCCAAAUACGGCUGACAGGGACACGUAUGGUCGUAAAGAAGAAGAAGCAGAUAAGGAGACGCGUGGUCAAGCAGAGGGAGACACGGAGGAUGAAACCGGGGCAGCAAAGACUGAAUAUGAUGAAGACGUCUCUGAGGAGCAGGCAGGGAAUGCCAAGGAAGUGGAGGUUGGGAGUAGAGAGGCUUUGGAUGAGAGUAGCGAGGCCUUAGAUGACGGUAAGGAUGACUUAGAGGAGAGUAAGGAUGACUUAGAUGAUGGUAAGGAUGACUUAGAUGACGGUAAGGAUGACUUAGAGGAGAGUAAGGAUGACUUAGAUGAUGGUAAGGAUGACUUAGAGGAGAGUAAGGAUGACUUAAAGGAGAGUAAGGAUGACUUAGAGGAGAGUAAGGAUGACUUAGAGGAGAGUAAGGAUGACUUAGAGGAGAGUAAGGAUGACUUAGAGGAGAGUAAGGAUUCCUUAGUGGAGACUAAGGAGAUUCCAGCUGACAAUGAGGAGGCCCCGGAGGAGAGAAAUGAGAUCUCAGAUGAGAAUAAAGAGGUUUUGGAGUCUGUUGCACCCGAGAGUGAGGGCAAGAAUGAAGAUGUCAGUGUGGCAGCAGAUGAAGGUCAGGAUUCAGAUGAGAGUUAUGAGGACAAUGCAGAUGACGUGAAAAAGCAGUCUGUGGAUGAGCGCGAUGAUGAGGAUGCUGAUGAAAAUGAGAAAGAGCUGGCAGAGGAGCGUGAAGAGGAAGUCGCCAACGAUAAUGAAGUCACAGACGAGAGCAAGGGUGAGAAUAAGUCACCUCCAUCUUCUGAGGACCAAAACAUGAAGAGUAAUACCAAAGAUCCCAUUCCUAAAGAUGACGAUGAUGAGGAUGAGAAUGAGAACAAAAAGCAACGUGACCAAGAAAAAAGUCAAUAGCAGAAGAAGAAAUAACGAGGACACGGAGACCGACGCUGAUUCCUGAUUUCUUUUUUCCUGCAUGUUUGUCAUCCUUCAACGUUUGAGAUGAUGAAACAAAUGCAAAUAUUAGUCAAGGUCACACAAAUGAAUAUGGAACUUUCCAUUAUUAAGGGAGGAAACAAACCCAAAGGUCCAAGUUCCUGUGUGCUUCCCCCCCAAAGCUACAAAAUGGCUGGGCCACCCUUGGCAGCAACAACUGCAAUCAAGCGUUGGCCAUAACUUGCAAUGAGUCUCUUCCAGCUGUGGAGGACACUCCACAGUGACCCUUCCCAGGUGACCUGGUGACCCUUCCCAGGUGACCCUUCCCAGGUGACCCUUCCCAGGUGACCCUUCCCAGGUGACCCUUCCCAGGUGACCCUUCCCAGACA